AUGGUGCGCUGGCGGAGAGAUGGUGGGAGUCCCUCAGGCUGGUUCAGGAUGGACAGGAGCACCUACAGGCCACUUUCUCUAUUGUUAUCUCUUGUGACUUCUGUGAACUCAAUAGAUGUCACUCAGUCAGGGAUUUCUUCCUUCUUAGAAACGAAAGAGCUUGCAAAGACAUCUGCAUUGCCUAUCUCCCCUCCCCCCAAGCCUUAUGCAUCCAAAGAAUGCAAACCACAACGUGAGACCCCUUCCGUGAAAGCUGCAGUCUUCAAACACAAACUCACGCCUCAGGGAAACAUCAGGGGGAACAAGCUCUGCCUCUUCCAACUGGCAUCCUUCCUUGAUUCCUGUUGGAGAGGAGAGGUUCCUCCAUGUAAUUCUGUGGGAAUCACGCUCCUCUGGUUCAGAGGCCCCAAAUGCUUUCUACGCUCUUCAGACACUGUCAUUUGCUGUGAAGAUAGAAUGAUAGUGGAGUUUUCAAGCAAUCUUGGCAUCAUGAAAUGGCACGCAUCUGCGAUGGAUCCCCUUGGUCUUGAAAUGCUGAAUUGCCCUUAUGUCCUGGACCCAGAAAAGCUCACCCUAUGGGCCCUGUAUGAAAACUGUACCAGGAGAGUGCUUGGUCAGCACCAGGUGACCAUCAGCUUCAGGGACGACAGUGCUGCUAUAGGACGCAAGGCUUCCGUGUACCGGAUCAACUGCCCAGCUGUGAAAGCCAGAGGAGCCCGUGAGCACCCAGGACCCACCCUGUGCGCGAAGGGUUUCGUGUCUGUGGGUGAGGCGGGCCGACUGCUUCUCCUACGGCCCCUGCAGGGAACUGUGGUCUACGCAGUGGGGCUCGGGGGCAGCAUCAGAAUUCCGAUCCUUUUACCUUUCAGGCUCUUCCUGGCAUGGCUGACGAAAGCUCUCCAGCAUCAGGUGGGAUGGAGCACUGGGGUUGGUGAUGGUGCGAAAGCCCGAACUCUGACCCUUCUGGAGGCCAACACAGGAUAUAAGGUCCUGAUUGACAACUACAGGAUGGCCAUGCAAGUGUCAUUCAGUGCCACUGGAGUGACUCACCACACACAAGGUAAUAGUCAUCUCUUCUCAGUGCCUCUGAAGCUGAUCCAUGUAUUUCUUGGACAAAAGACCAUGAUUAUCACAAGUGACUUGUAUAUCGGGUCACUUGCUCUAGGAAUGGGCAACUCCAGUUGUUCAUUCCUUCCAGGUCCCAUGGCCUGUAAUGCCACACGCAUCACUCGCACUAUACCAGAGUUUCCUGGGAGGUUAAACUCCGUGAGCUUUGGAAACAGAAACAUUGCCAUGAGCCAGCUGCCUAAGAACGGGCUUGCUACAGAAGCAACAAAUGGCCUGAGACUGCUCUUCAGCAAACUCGUCUCAAAUACAGGUGAGCUGGGUACUCGGGAGGGGUUUAUGGAUGUCAAAGUCCACAGCCACCAGACAAGCCCAGCUCUCAAUACCCUCAGCGUGGGGGGCUCAUCCUGCAAGCCCACCUUCGAAGCUCUGUCUCGGGGCCUGGUGCGGUUUCACACACCCCUGAAUGGAUGUGGAACCGGACCUCGGGAGAAUGACAAAGUCGUCUAUGAAAAUGAAGUAGGUGCUCUCUGGGCAGGUGUGCCUCCAAGCACCACUUCCAGAGAUGGUGAAUUCCGGAUGACCAUGAAGUGCCGUUCCAUCACAGAUGACGUGCUGACAGGCACCACUGUCGGUGGUCCUCCCCUCCAGGGGCUGGUGAAGCCGGGUCCGCUUGCCUUCAUCCUACAGUCCCACCCCGGGAAUCCCUCCCCGCAGCCUCACGGGGGCAAGGACGGCCCUGUGGUGAGAGACCGCCGCCAUCCCGUCUACCUGGGGGUGAGUCUUGAACAUCAAGCUGUCUUGAACAUCAAGCUGGUCUUAGAUGCCUGGGCCACGCCCACCGCGGCGCCGGCCUCUCUGCCCUGGUGGCAUGUUGUGAUGAACGGAGUGACUGCAUUUUCUGUUACCCCUGAAUCUAAAAGAAUGGGAACUUCCCCAAAGAUGUGUGGCCCCAGUAGUCUCCAUCUGGAGAGAGCUCGAUCUCUGGUCUCCAUCUACCUGCUGAGCACCCAGUGUGUGCCAGGUGCUGUGUCUUCCACAAGCACUCUCCAGGCCCCCCUCCACUGUGGCGCCCUCCUCUGCCGUCAGCUUUCUCCCGACUCCCCUCUGUGUCCUGUGAUUUGCCCCGUGUCGUCGAGAAACAGGCGAGACACAGGGACCACUGAAGAAGAGGAAAGAAGCAGUUUGCAGGGACCCAUCCUCCUGUUGUCGGGCGGCUCUUCAGGCCAAGGCAUGGAUGGAAGGCCCAGCAUCCUUCCUGGAUUCAAGUUCGCGGCUAUAUACGCUGUAGGCUCUAAAGGGCGCGGGGCUGCUGGAUAUGCUGCCUUCAAGUCGAUGGCUGUUGAGUUGUCGCAGCAGGUGCUGCGGCAGCUCCAGGCCUCAGCUUUGCCUGCACAAGAACAGAACCAUGAUGUUAAAUCGCUGACUGAACUUUCAAGUGAAGUGGUGGCAGUGAGCCCCUCGCUUCUAGCUCCUCGUUAA